AGGGACCUUGGGGGUCGGAGGAGGCCCCGGGGAGGGACAGGGCGCGGAGAGGCGGACGGUCUGAGGGAGGAGUGACACGCCUGGGCCAGUCCCCGCUUUCGUCACCGCCGUUAUCAUGAGCUUCGUCACCUCCCUCUCCACGACUUAGAGUCGCGGCGGGCGCUUCCGGGAGCCCUCGGGUGUCCGUUCGGUCUGUCAGCGCGCACUCACCCCGAGCGCGUCAUGACAGGGAAAGAAGCACAUUUCAAACUUUUGGGGAAGAAGUGUGUUCCAUAGAUCAUUCGAUGUGCCCUGUCCCCAGCUCUGUUCACCGAGAGCCCAUCUGCUGUGAGUGUCAGGCCAAAUUUGGGGGCCGCCUGCCGGUGCGCAGGGCUGAGGCAGUGCUGCCUUACUGGGUCCCUCUGUCCUUGAGACCCCGAAAGCAGAUCCAAAAGAUGGUCUGGUUUUACGUACCCCAAACCACCAAGGCAUGCCCCUGCCCAUGCCACCACUCUGGGGGCCGCCUCCCGCUGCCUAGGGAUCAGGCUGUGAUGCCCUACUGGCCCCAGGUCCUGAGGUCUCACAAGAAGGUGGUGAAAAGGCAGCAGAGUUUUAAAGGCAUCCCAGUCCCCCUGGACGUGUGCUCUGGGUACAACCACUGGAGAAUCUGUGAUGGUGAAGGGCGCCGUCUCCUCAAGUGGCAGCAGCUCCAGGCCCUUCACCAGGCUGCGCCGCUGUCCCCAGGGCAGCCAGCAAGCCUCCCGGCCUCCCUCCUGCCCCUCAGCCUCAGCCUCCUGAUCGUCCUCCAGGCCCUCCUGAGUGUCAUCGUGGCCCUCCGGCCGGAUGCCUCAACACGCUCGCUGUCCAGCUGCUCACUUGGGCAGAGGCCUUGCCGUGCCUGCCUUCACCUUUUAUCUCCAGGACGCAGAGCUCACAGAACUGGGUCCUGAUGCCUCACUUCCAGCCUCCCGGGCUCCCACCCGGCAAGGUUAUGUUUGAGUGUCCAACCAAGGGUUUUAUCUGGAGGACCAUUCCACUGAAGUUUCAAAGACUGUUGGCUGAACUCAAUAAACAAAUGCAGGGACUCUAGUUCCUCUGCCAUUUCUCCCCAGAGUGUGGACGCCUGCAGUGCCUGCCAUCUUCAGGGGCUCUUUCACUGGAACCAGCACACGGUCCAGCCUGGAGUCCCUCCUGGUUGAUCCUUUGUGCUGCAUUUGGCUUUCUGUGGAGGGGGCCGCUUGGGCUGAGGCCACGUUGGAUCUGCUGUGGCAGGAACAGUGCCAGGGGAGUUGGCCUGAAGACCGGGGACGUUACAGCUGCCUGUCUGUGUCCAGAUGGGGAUGGGGGGAUCCCACUGGUGGAAGCACCCUUGUAUUUCAGUGUUUUGAGGUGAAGAACAGGCCAGAUGCGUCUGCCCCAGCCACGGAACCGUGUCGCUGGAGCUGGGGGCAGGGUAGGGGCCCAGCGUUGGGCCGCAGAACAACAUUUUCGUUUUCACCCUUGGCACUGAACAGCCGUUAAAUGGAAAGGGGGCCUGUGUCCCUCCCUCAGCAGCCACGCCGGCCGCCAUCCUGGCACCUCACAGAGCAGCUUUUGUUCGGGGUCCGGAGUGUAAAAUUGGAGUGGCAGGUUGUCGGUGCACACAUCUUGAAUUUCCUGGCUUUUAUCAGCUGCGCCACUCAAAACGACAAUAUUUAAUCCCAAAUGUUUCCUUCCCUUCCCCUCCCCCUCCUGUUUCAUAAACAAGGGGGCUUCCCCCCUUUUCUGCCCAGUAGACUUUGCUGCCAUUUCUUCAAUCACAGUGAAAAGUAUAUUUGUGAUUCUUCUCUCAUGUUUUUGCAAUUACACAUACCAGGGGGCUUUAGGAGAACCUGACUUCCUGGGACCUGGUUUAAUGUAACCUUCUUGCUGAGUCCUCCAACCCCACCAGCCAUCUCAUGAGGGAGAGUCGAACACGUUUUACUUCCAGGGGUCAGAUGGCGUAGCAACAGCUUCAUGCCAUUUUAUCCUCCUGGGUGUGGUUGGGGUCACAUCGCCCAUUGGUUUUUCCGUUGUAGGAAUUUUUCUUAGUAGUCAUUUUAUUAAAUAAUUCUCCUAGGUGGGAGAAUUAGCCCCCUGAAAUUUAAAACUUGAAGUUUCUUUUUGUUGCUUAGUAACUUUGAGAAGCAAUUGCUGAGCAAGACAGCUCUUGUGAGACAACCAAAAGAUUCUGGCAACAUCCUGUCUGGAUUUUCUACAUGGGUAGACACCCACGUGUGUGUAAAGUCACUGUUUGCAUCUUGCAUGGUGCACUAGAGUAUCCCAAAUCAUGUUUCAUGUAGAGAAGCAGCAUGCUGUCCUAAGAUGAAGCGUUUUGGAGUGAGAAGGAGCAGGUGUGACACCUGCUUGUGUCUCAACUAUGGCUUCUUGGCCUGUGCAGCCAUGGGCGGGUCUGAGGUCUCGAUGGGGUCUGACACCCGAGCAGGAUCUGCCGCCUGGCUGAGACCCCCAUGGGCCAUGGGUUGGUCAGUUUUGUGUGUAGACGUGGUCAGGCUGUAGGACCCAAUUAUUUGAUCAAGUGCUAAUCUAGGGGUUGCCGAGAAGGCUUUUGGUAGCUGUGGCCAAUCAGUAGGCUGUGUGAGUAACCUGGAGAAUCUGGGUGGGCCUCAUCCAAUCCCAUGAAAGGCUUACGAGCAAAAGCUGAGUUUUCUCUGCGAUGAAGAAUUCUGCCUCAGGACGGCAGCAUCAGAUCCUGCCUGACUUUUCAGUCUGCAGCUGCCCUUGUGGAUUCUGGGCUUGCCCUGCCCCACAGCCACGAGAGCCACUUCCUUAAGACGAGUCUCAUCAUAUACACACAUCUCCUGUUGGUUCUCUUUCUCGGGGGGCCCUGACUGAUAACUGGCUGAGCUACGUAAGAGAACAGCAGUCCCAGGCUGCUGGCCGAGGGUCUAUGAAAUCAGAAACGAGCUUCUCUGUGCCUGUCUAGGACCUUCUAGGAAUCUCGAGUUGUUUUCCAACGAGCGUGUGUGUCGUGGUGGGGCUGUGCAGUGAUGCGAACGCGCAGGACACGGCAUCGCUGUAUGUGUGCUCUGCCAGCAGGUGUGUCCACUUCACUGGGAACCAGCCACCACAGCUGAAUUCAUGGCCACGGGCAGAGGGUUCUGGGAGAGGGUGCUGCAGGUGGUGAGCUUCUGGGGUGGACCACGGAACUUAUGGGCAAGGGGUGAAUAAAUAUUGAUGAGGUAUACCAAGAGGUAUAGUGGAGGCAUGUGACAUCAUGUCAUGCAAAGAAACGCAGAAGUCAUUCAGGUGGAUUGUGCCAUCCUGUUGCCCACCCCAGCUCAUCCACCGGCUGGCAGUGGAGCAAGCAGAUUAGCCCUUCUGGGCUACAGGUGUAAAAGGGGUCUCCUUAGUACCUGCCUUUAGGGUAGUGAGGCACAGAUGUGUUGAUGCAGGUGAGGCUUUCAGAAAAGCUUCCCCACUUUGGGACACUAAGUAAGGACAGAUGCUUUCAUUAUUAAGAUAGGCUCCUGCUCUGUGACCAUUUGGCAUUGAGCCCAAGCCCCAGUGAUGCCGCACACAAGCUCUGUGGCUUUACGUAAGUUCCUUAACCUCUCUGAGCCUGGUGUGUAGAGGAAGGGAGGAGCUGAGCUGUCUCAGGCUUGCUGUUGUGAUUAACUUAGAGGUAUAAAGCUCUCUGUGGUAUGCUGCCCAGCCUCAAACACCAGGAAGCCCUGGAACAUCAGCCUGCCCACUGUGCUGGCUGCACGAUUUAUGUCCUGUCAGGACUGGACCAGGUGAGGGGAGUGAGGCCCAGCGUGCAAAGUUUAAGGUGGUGCCCACCCAGCCCUGCAUGUACACCUCCCUGAGAGUGACCACCGCCUUGAGUUAUGCACCCUGGGCGCCUUGCCCCCCUUGCCCAAAUCCUGGCUCUCAUUUUGUCAUACAAAUGCCACGCCAGCUUUGCCAGGUAAGGGGAUGGGCCCAUGUCGCAGAGCAGGACAGAGGCCUUGCCCCAGCCCCCCUGGGCUGUGUGAGCUCUUGGAAGGCAGUGGCUGCCCCUUGUUCGUCUCAUGUGCUGGCAUACAGCACCUGGCACACAGUUGGUGCCACAUAAAUGCUUACAAUGGAAUGAAGGAAGGAGAAGACGGAGGAUUCAAACUCUUGACAGGGUUUCUCAUGAUCAAGGCCGUCCACUCCAGCUGCGGUGAGCAAGCACUCAUUGUGAGGAGAGGACUGAAAGCCAUUUUUAUCGUCCUCCCAUGGAGCGCUUUGUCAGAAGGAAGGAAGCCAUCUCCCACUGAGGGUGAGUGCUGCUUCAGGACUGCCCUAAAGCUAGAUUCGGACAAAAGGUCCCAUGUUGUAUGAGUCCACUUGUAUGGAAUGUCCAGAGUAGAUAAGCCUAUGGAGACAGAAAGCCAGGGGCUGCCAGGGCCUGGGAGGAAAGGGGAUGGGGAGUGACUGCUGAUGGGUACAGUGUUUCUUUUUGGGGUGAUGAAAGCACCUUGGAACUAGACAGAGGUGGUAGUUGUAGAGUACUGUGAAUGUACUAAAUGCCACUCAGUUGUACACUUCAAAAAUUGUCAUAGUGGUAAAUUUUAUGUUACGUGUAUUUUAACACACACACACACACACACACACACAAGCUGAUUUUGGCAGGACUCUUUGGGUGUAUAUGACAGAGACAAGAUUCAGGUGAAAGGCCAGUUACUGCUCAUAGGAUGGAGUGGAGGUUGGUUGGCAGGUGGCUGGAUGCCAGGUCUGCACUGUCUCUUGGAGUAAAUGUUGCUCAGUCACGCCACAGCUCUCCAUGGGCUCUCCGUCUGUGUCUUCUUCAGGGUCAUGUAGAGUAACUCCCCUUUCCUCCCCGCCAAGGCCUCCUGGGUGCCUAUGGAAGCCUGGACCAGAGCCCCGACAUGGGUGUUUGGGGAGGGAGGAGGCAGACAGGGAGCGGCACACCUGGGAAAGCUGUCAUGAUGGCAAAUUUGGGAAGGGGUCGUGGGGGUGCUUCUGAGAUUAAGGCCGAACAAGGCGAUGGACUAGGUCCCACGGGACAGCCUCCACCACCCAGUGGGUUCCCCGGAGAACUGGGCAAUUAACGGGUAUCUCAGUGCCACGCAGACUUGCAGUUCUGACCACUUGAGUCAAUGUGACACCACAAAUGCGGGCGUGAGUGUCGGGGUGCAUGUUCUGUGGGUUUGCAAGUUCAUAAGCCACGACCAAAUAAUGGGUCUUGGUGGCUGGUUCUGUAGUUGAUGGAACAUGUGUUCAGCUUUUGACUAAAAGCCAGUGGGAGAUCUCUUUGUCUGAUCCCCAAAGAUAGUUUCACCUACUGUUCAGGAAAGAGACUGUGAUAGCUCUAAAACAAAUAAACAAAACCCAGCUUCAAACAUGCUUGGUGUUCCGGGGGAGUUUCCUUUCCUAACCUUAAUUUUGGGAUUAAUUUGUUUUAGAAGUUCCUUGGCUGCUUAUGUGUGUACACGUGUGUGCGUGCGUGUAUGUAAGAAAAGAAACACUAAGAAGAAAACGUGUCAUGUUCCUCUGAAACCUCCGGCUGGGUUCCCUCUCUGUACCUUGAGGAUAGUAUGGCCUGGGGCCUCUCUCAUGUCCACAGUCUUCAUUGAAUCUGGCUUUGAAAGAAUGAAAGGAAAUCGGGCCACCCCGAGCCUUGCUCCCAUAGUGGCUCCAUGCCAGAACUGUCCUCACCUGUGUAUUUUGAGUGUCUUAUUAUAAACCCAAAGUGAUCUUGGUUAAUAAAAAUACAGAGGCAAGAGCUGGGUGCUCUCUGGUUUCCAGCUUUGGUCCUUUAUCAUGCUCAUUAAGGUAAAAUAGUUCGCUACUUUGAUCCCCACCCCCACCCCCGUUCCUGCUCCUGGAGGUUGGGGUCAAUGCUGUGCAGCUCUCUCCCCUGAGCUUACGGAUUUGAAUUUCAAAUUAUGGGGCUCCAAAGACUCGUUCUGUAAUGGUUCCUGAAUUCUUGUCAUCCAGUAGGAGGUAUUAGUUAUAAAUGAGUUUCGUUUUUGUUUUUCUUUAUUACUUUAUAGAGUAUCCAAGCUAUGCAAGAGUAUAUUUUCAGGGUUAAAUAUUCAAAUGAUUCUGAAGUUCAGGGCAAAAGGUGCUGCCCCUUCCCUCCCCAGGGAAUCACCCUCCAUGUAACAGAGUAUCUAGGUUUCAGAGCCUCCUUCCAGGUUCCUUCCCAGGCACUUAUAUAUGUGUAUAGAUAGAAACACUUUUGUCAUUUAAUACCACAUUCAAUGUAGCCAAUAUUCAAUGUAUAGAAUAAUUCUGUACUUAUUUAUUGGUUCACCUAAUAUUUCUGAGCACCUGCUAUGUGUCAGGUAUGAUGCUGGGAGCUGCAGAUUCAAUAGUGAGCCACCACACAGCUCACAGGCUGCAGGCAUGUUGUGCUGGGACUUGGUUUCCCUUCCAUUUCACAGAGUAUCUAGGCGCGUUCUCUCCAUGGUCAUCCUUAUAUGUCUGUCCUGUACUCUUCAGUGUUGAGAGAGAACACUGAAUUUUGAUGGACAGCAGAUUGAGUUCCAGAUGACUUUCCAUUAUAAAAAAGGAAGCAGUGAAGGUCUCGUUGAGCACCUGGGUGUUUUAUAAGAUUUAAAGAUUUUGGGACGUCCCUGGCAAUCCACUGGUUGAGACUUCGCUUUCCGACGCAGGGAGUGUGAGUUUGAUCCCUGGUCAGGGAGCUAAGAUCCCAAAUGCCCCCCGGCCAAAAAACCAAAAUGUAAAACAGAAGCAAUAUUGUAACAAAUUCAAUAAAGACUUUAAAAAUGGUCCACAUCAAAAAAUAAUAAUAAUAAAAAAAGAUUCUUAGGGCAGCAAGACACAACACACCAAGCCUCUUCCAGAGGAGACUCCCUCCCGUUUGCAUACCAUAGUAUUGCAAAUUACAGUUUUCAAAACAGAGUCUUCAAGUACAAGUUCUCACUGAGUCUUCACUACCAGCCUGGGAAGCAGAUACUGAUAGUUCUACAGUUAUACAGAUGAGGAAACUGAGGCUCAGAGAAGUCACGAAACUGGCCCAGGGUCCCAGAAGCGGCAGAGCCUUGAGUUCAGACUUUGUGAUGCUUACCCAAGAACUUUCCAUUUCAACUCCAUCUGGAGUCUGGCUGCUUUGCUCAAGGUUUGAUCUCUACCCAUGUGAGUGUUUCUGGGAGUUGUCACAAAUCUGAAGAGGAAGCACAUAGCCAUCUCCAACCUCUGACAGAAAGCCAGGCCUUUUCUCUUCCAUAUGAUGGUCCAUUUCAUACCUGGAACAAGGAGAUUUUCCUAUUCCAGGGGUGCUAAGCCAUGACUCCCCUGGAACAUUAUAAUAUCAGAGUAUGAACAGUUCCCAAACGUCGCUUGUCAACAUCUCCCACAGCCCUGACACCUGGAGAAUGGAAGACCAUUCCAGAGGAAGAGAGAAGCCCUUUGAAUCAUUUUUUCAGGUACAUGUCAUUCUGCUUGAAUUAUUUUUCUUGAAGGAGAACACUUUUCAAUAGUCCAAAGCAGGGACCCGUCAUUUGUGAGAGCUCUUUGACGUGUUGCUGUUUUAAAAAUUAAGUAUGUGGAGUUUGCAGAAUGGACACGGCCUUUCAGUUUUUUAAUUUAAGGUUUAAAAAGUGCUUUCACGCUAUAAUCCUUGGGGGACAGGAAAGGCUGUUUGUUCUGUCCCGGGCCUCCAGGAAAUCUGGCCCAGACCACCUACGGGAAAUUAGCCUGAGACCUCAGCCUAGCUGGGAGGCGACAGCAGCGCUUCUCGGCACUGUGGCUAUAGUUCUCACUACAUAAUCUAAUCUUUCAAGGAUAUUUUCAUCUGGAGAGGCAGUGAGCUGAAUAACUAAACAGACACAAUGCUGCUAAUCCCUAUUCCUGAGGCUGAAGGGUUUAACUCCUUGCCUUCUGUUUUAAGGCAGUGAGCUCAAAGUGGGCUGUUGGGAUCAACAUCAGAAUUUCAUAAAAAGCAUUUGGUUUUGUAUGCUGUGCUGACGCUCUGCAGUGUCCCUGGUUCUACUAUGUGUCUGGCACUGCUCUAAGGACUUCAAAUAGAGUAACUUGGUUACUCCUACCAGAGGAAGUGCGUACUGUUAUUAUGCACAGAAAUGUUAAGUAAUUUGCUCAAGGUCACAUAGUAAGGAGGGGGUUGUGGGUUGGGAUUCAAACCCAGACCAGUUGCUUCGGAGUCCAUGCUCUUGAUGCCUGUGCUCCUUGUUAAAGAGGGAGGCUCUGAAAUGUCUGCCUAGUCAGUUUUCAUUCAUUCAGUUAUUUGUUCAUUCAUUCAUACACUUCUUCAUUUGCAUUCACCACCUGUGCUGUGUGAAUGCCAAGGUGAUUUAGAUAGAAGCACUCAUAGGCCUCCCAUGAGUUGGCAGCCAGACAUGGAAAUGAAUAAACCUAGAAAUAAUUAUGAUGCAGAGAGUAGAGGGCAGCAGUAGUCGUGCAGGGACCAGAGUGGCCAACGGAGUGAGGGGAACCUUGAACUCAGAAGCAGGAGAAAGUCAGGAAGGCUUCUCCAGGGGGUCAGGAGAAGGAGGGUGGGGCAUUUGGCAUGAAGAGGUGAUGAUGCAAUGCCUUUUGGGAAACUCCUGGGGCAUGUGGUCAGCGUGGAGGGCUGUGAGAGGGAGCAGAGCAGAGGUGGAGAGGAGCCUGGACUUGGUUAGCUUGGCCUAGGCAGGGUUUUAAUGAGAAUCUUAUGAAAAAGCAGGCAGGUGAAUAAUUCCAUUAGACCUGGCCAUUCAGCAGCUUAGGAACCAGCAUUUCCAGGUGGCAUAUGGGGUGCGAGGGCACGGUCCUUGCUGAAACCAACAGGAUGUAGGACUUUAUUUCUGCAAAACCAGAGUCUCUCACCUGGUCAUCAGAAUAUCCACAGAAUACCACUGACAGUGGCCUCUCAACGGCUCAGGAGCUGUUGCCAUGUGGCUCAGCCAGCCUCAGCCCCCUCCCCCCAGAAGACCCAGGAGCUCUAAGCGAAGUCCAGCCCCCCAGGACACAGGUCACGGGCAGGUUCUUGACCCUCAUCCAUCACAGCGUGACUACCGUCUGGUGCAGGAUGUGAGUGGGUUCCAGCUGGUUCCAUCCCAGUGGCGGCAGACAAGCCAUCCUUGCAUUUUUGCUCUGCAGCCCCAGCCCUAGGGCAGCACACAGACCCCAGCAGAAUGCCCCUCUCUCCAAGCCCAGCUUGGCAGAGCCGAUGAUGAAAGUGCUGCUCAGUCAGCCGGGUUCAGAGUGGCUUUGCAGUGGGGAAUGUUGCAAAGAUAUUUGGAGCUGGAAAUUGCCCUUUGCUCUUUUGAAAGGUGCAAAAUGAUUCAGUAAUUACUUCAAACGUGGGGGCCUCCUUCCUCGCCUCACCUGAACUCCCUGUCAGCUUCCGCCUGUCAGACUUGUGUUGGUUUGAGCUGGGUGUUCCUUUCCCCAUCUUCCCCCCACCUCCCCGUUUCCACUGCCCUUUGCAGCCCUCCUCUGCCUGCCUCCCCGCCCCCGCCCUGCCCCCAAUCUGGAGCUUGGAGUGAGUUCUAAGGGUGCCUCAUUAACGACUUAGAUUUCUGGUGACUGCUUCUUUCUUCAUUUGUUUGUUUUCAAGCUUUCUCUUAAAUAACCUCAUAGAGAGGGGUCCCGUUUAUUUUUCUUGCUUAGUGUCUCCCUGCCAAUCAGUUCUUCACCAAACAAAGGUCGCCAGGACUAAAGAGAAGUGGGGAGCUUUUCACUGAGGGAGAGGAUUCCAGCAGACACACCUGCUCCUGGGAAAGUGGCCCACUUGGAAGGGCUGUUGCACAUUAAAACAGCUCACCUUUAUGUGCCAGAAUGACAGCCAUUUUAUAGAUUAGGAACCUGGCACAGUUAGAUGCUCAAGGUCACACAGUACAUUAUGCAAAUGGAAUUCACAUUCAUGGUCUGUCUAAACCAGCGCCAUCCAGUGGAAAUAUAAAUGAACUCAUGUAUAAUUCUAAAUUUUCUGAUAGGCUCAUGAUAAAGAGUGAAAGUGAAAUUAAUUUUAAUAAUAUACCUUAUUUAACUCAAUAUAUCAAAAAUAUUAUCAGUAUUAUAAAUAUCAGUCAGUGUUUGGGCAGAAUGUUUGUGUCCCCCCAAAUCCAGUGCAGUGAUACUUGGAGGUGGUGGCUCUGGGAGGGUUAGGGUUAGAUGAGGUCGUGAAGGUGGGCCCCCCAAGAUGGAGUCAGUGUCCUUAGAAGAAGAGGAAGAGGCCAGAGCUCUCUCCUCAAUGUGAGGGUACAGCGGGCAGUCGACAAACGCCCCGGUACAGGGCUCCCUGAUGGAGAAGCGAUGUUGGAUAUUUACCUGCACAUCGCUGUGUCUCUGCAGAGAAGGAUGAGCUGAGCCUCUUGGUUUUGAGGAAAGGAAGCUGAAGUAGCGUGAUGGGUUCAAGCCUGUCUAUGACCAUUUCCAUAUGUUUUUGUGAUCCAGGUGGUGAAGUUAAUUUCAGAUCCUUCCCUCAUCAAAGACAAAGGGAAAAGUGGAUCUGUAAGCCCUUAGUCUUCUGCUUUUACUUGGUUAGAGUGACACUUCUUUUCUUCUCUAGAACGGUAUUAUGUAUUUUAAUAGCAAAAAAAAAUUACAUUGGAACAAUGGGGAAAUAAAGCAUAUUGUAAAAAUACUAAGUGGUCCUCAGAGGCAGAUUUGCACACAUGUGGAUUAGUAGUUUGAAUAAAACGUAUAAUGUAGCUAUAUUGUUUUCCAUGCUAAUGAAAUACAUCAGUCACUGAAAAACUUUUUUCAAAAAUAGCUUAGUCCUUUAUGUGAGCUCAUUUUACCUCAGUUUAUAAAUUUGGAAAGCAAGGAAGUGGGGAAAUGUAGAAGAGGAAAGAAGUAAAAACACACUGCUUACUCUGAUGAUGGAAUGCUGUUGAGUGUAACAUCACCUUUGGAACGGGAGAAUUCUACUUGCACAUUUAGUUUUCUUUCUGUUCAUUUAUUAAUUUGUUCAACAAAUAUUUGAUCUGACGAUCCUGAGCUGGGAGCUGGGGAAACCGCAGAGAAUAAGACCAGUGAGGUCCCUGCUCACAUGGGGCUCCGAGUUCAGUGGGGGAGACAAGUAAAUACUGCAGAACCACAGUGUGGUUGGGAUUGCAAGCGGGGUGAAGGUGUAUUGGGGUUUGUACAGAGGACCCUAAGCUGGAAGGGGGUGGCAUCUGGCCAAUGGAGGUGGUCCCUGGGAAUUGAUGCUUGCUCUGAGACCUGAAGGGGGAGGACUUGGCCAGGUGAAAAGCAGACAGGGGCCAGGGUGCUGCACGCAGAGGGAACAGCAUGUGCAAAGGCCCUGAGACUAGAAGGAGCCUGGGGAUUUUGACUCCAGUCUGUGCCACAGGUGUAAACUGGCAGAGGAGACCUUCUGUGGGAGACCCCGGCUGUGAAAGGAGCUCUGUCCCUACCCAACUGCCCAGCAGCAGGCACAGUGCCCACCAUUGCCCACGUUGUUAGGAGGCAAGUGAGAGUUUCCGACCCAGAAAGCAGACCUGACUGGGGUCUGCUGGGGAAUCCCAAGGGUGGCAUGGAGCAAGGAACACCGUACACUUGGGACAGAGCUCGUCUUCCGUUCGGCAGUGCCCCCAGCUCUUCCUUUGUGUUGCACUUUGUAGCCCCUGCUACAUAGAUUUAGCUUAGUGAUGACAGCACAUUGUUUCUUUCCUACCCAGUAUCCACCCUGCCUUUUCCUUUUACCAGAACUCUGACCUAGUCCAGGGCACCGAGCCCCAGCCCCAUCUAUGUCAGGGGUCAGCAAACUACAACCCAAGGGCACCGCCUGUUUGUGUAAAUAAAGUUUUAUUGGCACACAGACACAUCACUCAUUGAUGGCUCCUCCGUGAGUACUCUUGCGUUGCAAUGACAGUCGAGUAGUUGUGACAGAGACUGUGUGGCUCACAAAGCCCAAGAUACCUACUACCUGGUCCUUUACAGAAACAAUUUGCCAACCCAGGUCUAAGUCAAUGGCUCACCUCCCAGCUUCCAUUACAGCUGGUUCGGGGGCUAGGCUGUGGAGUGUCAGGCAAGGCAUGCGGCUUCUCUGAAUCUCAGUUCCUGAUCUGUACACACUUACGUACAUUAUUUCACUUCAUCUUCACAGCAGCCCAUGAGGUGGGUUCUAUUGUUAUCUUGAAACGGAGGAAAAGGAGGAACAGAGAGGUCCAGUAGCCCACCCAAGAUCAUACAGCUUGAAAAUGGUGGAGUCAAGACUGGAAUCCUUAACCUUAGAAUCCUGGAGUUGAGGGCUGGUGGGAGUGGGCAGGAGGAGGGAGCUGUUUGGAUUCCUGUGGAUCGCUGAUCCUAGUUAACAUUCGCAUGUGGGGAGUGAGGUCACCCACACCUGUGUUCCUGUUCCCCCUCACGUGUAGCAUGGAGAGGGGUGAAGCAUGUGGGCUUGGAGUCCAAUUGCCUGGGUUGAAAUCCUAGUUCUGCUUACUGAGCCUCAGCUCCUCCCAUGUGUCUAAUGGGGAAAUGAGGUUAGUAACUCCUAGGGCUCUUGGUGGAGUUAUGUGGUUAGUACUAAUAUGGUCGUAACCUGGUACACAGUAAGUGCUCAGUAAAACUAGCCAUUAUCAUUGGCUCAAAACCAGCCUUUGCCAAAGGGAAAAAAUACAAGGUUCAACUCAAUCAUUUGGUGAAUCAGUUAUUAAAGAAGAAUUGGGAGGAGGAAGUGAAAACCAUCGCAUGGGAUCCCUUGACACAUGAGUCCCGGUUUUACUUUGUUCACUAUUGAUGCAAGAGGUGCUUUUGUUAUU